AUGACUACCUUCGUCGAGGACAUGCCUACAGCAGGUCUGUGGACAUUCCACGGUAGGAACGGCUUUGGCGAGCAGCAGCCACUCGAGUACCUGAUACGACCGGUAAGCAUGGUGGUCUGGGAUCAGCUGGAAAAUGAUUUCUGCUAUAAAGGUCGUCUGGAGAUGGAGUUUUAUUACGACUUUGUGUACGACCAGCUGCUCGCCUUUAGAGAACGUCGCCAGCCCCACCUCACCUUCAUUCACAUGAGCACGGUGGUGCACGAGGAGCCGAAUAAUGCCGCCUACGCCGAUGAACCCGUUAGGAGAUUUCUUGAGAAAAUUUUCGCUGCUAACCUUCAGCAAAACACCGCCAUCCUCUUCUACUCUGACCACGGAUUUCGCUUUGGGCCAAUCUCCAAGACGGAAUCCGGCUACCACGAGUCCCGACUGCCUUUCAUGUACUGGUACAUUCCAGAAGGGCUCACUCUCGGUGAUGGACUGGAUGCUGGGCAGAUUCGAAAAAAUCUUCGAACUAACAGUCGCCGUCUGGCGAGUCAGUUUGAUGUCCACUCGACGCUGCUGCACAUUCUCCAUGGAAAGCCAUCACCACUUCCUUUAUCAGCUGAUAAAUUUUUUCUGGAUCACACCUUUGGCCACUCCCUCUUCACCGAACUGCCACUGAACCGGACCUGCGAGGAGGCGGGCAUUCCCGAGGAGUACUGUCUCUGUCGACGCUUUGUCCCCCUCACUGACGCCCACUCCAGACACCUCCUCGGCGAGUUCAUUCUCGAGCAUCUCAACGAGCAGCUGGCGCCCUACUCCGCCAACUGUACCCCGCUUUCUCUGGGCCGCAUUCUGGAAACCAAGGUGUCG